AUGUCGAACAUCUCCGUAAGAUCAACAGCAAGGCAGAUAAACAAAACCGCCAACAACUAUGAUCACAUCAGCCCCAUCAACAACUAUGAUCACAUCAGCCAAACCAACAACUAUGAUCACAUCAGCCCCACCAACAACUAUGGUCACAUCAGAACCACCAACAACUAUGAUCACAUCAGCAGCACAAACAACUAUGAUCACAUCAGCCCCAUUAACAACUAUGGAUAUAUCAGAACCAACAACAACUAUGAUCACAUCAGCCCCAACAACAACUAUGAUCACAUCAGAACCACCAACAACUAUGAUCACAUUAGCCCCACCAACAACUGUGAUCACAUCAGCCCCACCAACAACUAUGAUCACAUCAGCCCCAGCAACAACUGUGAUCACAUCUGCCCCACCAACAACUAUGGUCACAUCACGCCACCAACAACUAUGGAUACAUCAGCCCCACCAACGACUAUGGUCACAUCAGCCCCUCAAACAACUAUGGAUACAUCAGCGCCACCAACAACUAUGGAUACAUCAGCGCCACCAACAACUAUGGAUACGUCAGCCCCCAACAACGACUAUGGAUAUAUCAGCGCCACCAACAACUAUGGAUACAUCAGUCCCACCAACGACUAUGGUCACAUCAGCCCCUCAAACAACUAUGGAUACAUCAGCGCCACCAACAACUAUGGAUACAUCAGCGCCACCAACAACUAUGGAUACGUCAGCGCCACCAACAACUAUAAUUACAUCAGCCGAACCAACAACUAUGAUUACAUCAGCCUCACCAACAACUAUGAUUACAUCAGCCUCACCAACAACUAUGAUCACAUCAGCCCAACCAACAACUAUAGAUACAUCAGCGCCACCAACAACUAUGGAUACAUCAGCGCCGCCAACAACUAUGGAUACAUCGGCGCCACCAACAACUAUCAUCACAUCAGCCGAACCAACAACUAUCAUCACAUCAGAACCACCAACAACUAUGAUCACAUCAGAACCACCCACGACUAUGAUCACAUUAGAACCACCAACAAC